AUGGAUUCCUUCUUCUCCAAGCAGCAGCAGGUCGCGAUUUGGGAGAAGCGCGGAGCUUCAGGUUGUGCACCAGUGGACCCCGAGCUGGUCACCUCAAUCCGCGAAUGCGGACUAUUGCGUAAAGUCCCACUGGACCUGAACUUCGACGGAACCAUGCUCGCUAAGCUCAACUACUGCCUGCAGGAGUUUCGGAAGACGGUGCUGUCGGAGGACAAGAAGCCGAUGCUGAAGCAGGGCCUGAAACAUGACUUGGUGGAGCUGAUCAAGAAGACGCCUGAAGACUUUCUAAAGGGGCUGGAGCAGAUCCCACGGGAGCGGUACGAGGAUGCCCACGCGCUCCCCAUUUUCGUGCAGAAUCUCAUCAGUGCCCAAAAACUCGAUGUCGGUCCGACGUGGCACAAGUAUGCCCGCACCCUGCCUGCCUUCUUGCAGAAUCUCAUCGGCGUCCCUCCGGAAUUGGAAGCCUUGGCUAAAGAGCUCGCGAGGAGGAUUGCAACUGUCGUCGGUGGCACCGGUGAACCUUCAUCUUCUGUAUCCAAUGUGAGCAAUGCAAUUGUCCCUGACGGCCACUACCCGAAGACGAUCUGUUACAUCAAGGAGGCGCGGAUCUACACCGGCAACGGUGCAUGCACAGAGGUGCACAACGCCUAUGCAGCUUUCUGCAAGGGCCACCAAGAUAUGGAGAGCCGGCUCAUCCCUUUCUUCAGCAAGUUGGCGGCAGCCGAGGAUUCGCGUCGCAGGAUGACUUCAUGUUCGCCAUGUCUGGAGCAGGGGCUCCACCCCUUCGCCUUGAUCAUCUUGAUUCAUCGCCCGCACGCUGCUAACAUGGUCGAACGUCUUAUGCGCAUCGCUGCCGCCAAGCAGGUUUGGAGUCCUGAGAGGACGAAACGUACUUUGAGGAUCUUGGAGCACUGCAUGCCGAGGGUCAUUGAGGCCUUUCGCGAGUGGAUAACACCAGAUCGCAUUCCCACAGAGCUAUGGCCGAAGGUGUAUCCGAAUUUCCCUAACACCACAGGUGCCCAAACGUUGCUGACUCGCGUGCUCGAUGCGAUCCUUUUGAUCGAGGAUCCAACCAACGAGGAGUUCAAGCAGAAUGCGCGCGCUGUGCGGGAGCGCUGCAACGACGUGCAAGGUGAGCGCCUUGACUUUUUGCUCGAAGCGGUGAAUGCUUGGCUUCCCUUCCUCCACAGCCACAGCAGCGAUGAGAAUACGCAGCUUUACAAAGACUGCCAGUUCCUGCUGCUGCUCUUCCGAGCAGUGCACCUCCGCCGCAUCCUGAGGAUUGGAGGAUUCAAAGGACCGGGCAGGAAGGCUAUGAAAGCGAAGCUAGAGACGGUGACGUGGCAGAUCCUGCAGGCCAUUGACCCAAGCCUUGCGUCGAAGGAGACGAUCAUCAUGAAGAUUGAUGGAACCUGGCGCGACUGCACGAAGUACGUGCGCGACAGCCUUCAUCCAGCAGGAGAUGCGAUCUUGAUGGCUGCCAACGGCAAGGAUGUCACAACAUAUUUCAGUGCCUUUCAUGCACCAGGCACCAAGGCCCUGAUGAUGAAGGAAUGUCCAGAAGUCCGGAUCAAAGCCUGA